AUGUUCAGCCUUCAGAGAAUCGUCUCUGCCCUCCUCCUUGCCGGAGUGGCUCUGGCCUUCUUCGCGCAGACCGCUGAGGCUGCCAAGGGCCCCAAGAUCACCCACAAGGUCUUCUUCGACAUCACCCACGGCGAUGAGCCCAUCGGCCGCAUCACCAUGGGUCUGUACGGAAAGACGGUCCCCAAGACCGCUGAGAACUUCCGCGCUCUCGCCACCGGCGAGAAGGGCUUCGGCUACGAGGGCUCUACCUUCCACCGCGUUAUCAAGCAGUUCAUGAUCCAGGGUGGUGACUUCACCAAAGGCGACGGCACUGGUGGCAAGUCCAUCUACGGCGAGAAGUUCCCCGACGAGAACUUCAAGCUCAAGCACUCCAAAAAGGGUCUCCUGUCCAUGGCCAACGCCGGCAAGGACACCAACGGCUCCCAGUUCUUCAUCACCACCGUCAUCACCUCUUGGCUCGAUGGCCGUCACGUCGUCUUCGGCGAGGUCCUCGAGGGCUUCGACGUUGUCGAGAAGAUCGAGCAGGCCCAGACCCAGCCCGGCGACCGCCCCGCCAAGACGAUCAAGAUCGCAAAGAGCGGAGAGCUGGAGGUGCCAUCUGAAGGUAUCCACGUGGAACUCUGA